CCCAAAUCCAAAUCCAAAUCCACUGCACCAUGGGAGACAUCGCCAGCUUCCGGUCCUUCAGCAAGUCUGCUGUGCUGCACAAGACGUACAAGACGCCGCCGCUGGCCGUGAAAGCGCAGGGAAUCUACUACGACCUCGAGGACGGCAGCCGCAUCACGGACGCGAUCGGCGGGGCGGCCGUUGUCUGCAUCGGGAACGGCCACCCGGCCGUCGUCGAGGCCAUCCGCGAGCAGGCGGGGACGCUGAACUUCACGUUCCACACACAGCUGACGAACGCGCCGACGGAGAUGCUCGCACGGAACAUCAUCGACAGGUCGCACGGUGCCUUUGCGCACAUCGCCUUUGCGUCCGGGGGCAGCGAAGCCGUCGAAGGCGCCCUCAAGACCGCUCGCCAGUACUUCUGGGAACUCGGCCAGACGCAGCGCGUGAACUACAUCGGCCGCAGGUCGUCGUACCACGGCGCGUCCCUCGGCACGCUCAACGUCGCGUGGAACGCAGCGCGCCGCGCGCCGUACGACGACAUCCUCGACAGCAAGCGCUUCCACCACGUGUCGCCCGCCUACGCGCGGCGCUACCAGCGCGAGGGCGAGUCCGAGCCGCAGUUCGUUGAGCGCCUGCGCGCCGAGCUCGAGGCCAAGUUCGUCGAGCUAGGGCCAGACACUGUCAUCGCCUUUGUCGCCGAGACCGUCGGUGGAGCCAGCUCCGGCGUCGUCAUCCCCCCGAAAGGGUACUUUGCCGCCGUGAAAUCCGUGUGCGACAAGUACGGCGCACUCCUCAUCCUCGACGAGGUCAUGUGCGGCAUGGGCCGCAUGGGCACGCUGCACGCGUGGGAGCGCGUCGCCGACGGCGUCUCGCCGGACAUCCAAGCCGUCGCCAAGGGUCUCGGCGGGGGCUACACGCCCAUCGGCGGCGUGCUCAUCGCGCCGCGCGUCGCGCGCGUGCUGAGCGAGGGCUCCGGUGUCUGGCAGCACGGCUACACGUACCAGGCGCAUCCGCUGUGCUCCGCAGCCUCGCUCGCCGUGCAACGCGUGAUCGUCGAGGAGAAGCUGCUCGAGAACUGCACCGUGCAGGGCGACCUGCUCGGCGCGCUUCUGCGCGAGGGGCUCGCGGCGGACGGCGCGCUCGCGCGGGACUACGUGGCCGAGAUCCGCGGCGCGGGGAUGUUUUGGGCUGUGGAGUUUGAUGUGAGCUCGCUCGAUCUGGGCGGGAAGCGGUUCGCGUUUGUGGUCGAGGAGCGGUGCUUCCAGGCCGGGCUCAUGAUCAUGGGAAUGGUCGGUGGCGCGAAUGUCGAGGGCACGCAGGGAGACCACAUCAUGUUCGCACCCGCGUACAACAUCACCGCAGACGAAGUCAGGGCGAUCGUCGACGUGGUGGUCAGCUGUGUCGACGAGGUCGUCCGCGAGGGAUUGGCGAAGAAAUAGUUUAUGGCGAAUUGUUGUACAAUAGGAGAAAUCAAAAAAUCAUAGCCUCACUAGACCAAGGGCCAGAAACACACUCUACGGAGAUUGUGG